CUUGCCGUCAUGCUGCCCCCGCCUUUCCCUUGGUUCGCUUUCUGGGUAUCGUUCUUGGUGACCCUGGCUCGGUCGCAGUCUCCCGUUCAGACUUUCUUUCCUGGAAGCAUCCCUUUGGCAAACCGGUCCCCCUACUUGAGUGCAUGGCAUCCCAGUAAGAAUGGUUCUGGGGAGGUGUCCAGUUCGUGGCCAACAUUCUGGGACCAGAAGAAUAUUCUGGGUUGGUCAGGGAAAAUCAGAGUGGACGGCUCGACGUACAAUUGGAUGGGGGGUGACGUCGGUCCCCCCAACAGCGGGAAUGUCACGAACGUCCAAAUCACCCCCACGCGCUCUAUCUUCACGAUGCAGGCGGGUCCUAUGAACGUAACCGUCACUUACCUAUCUCCGAUCGAGCCAUCGGAUUUGGUCCUGCAAUCUCUGCCGUUCUCCUACGUAUCUGUAGAAGCAACUUCUCUGGACGGUCAAAGCCAUGAUGUGCAGAUAUACUCUGACAUUAGUGCGGAAUGGCUCUCGGGGAACCGAGCUGGUUCAACUGUCACUUGGAGCCAGAACACUGCGUCGGGCGGCAGUAUAUUUCUUGAGGUACAACUCCAAUCUCCGCAGUCGUUCAACGAAGUGGGCGACCAGCAAGCACAAGAUGGUACCGCUUACUAUGCGAUGGCGAACAGGCAAGGCCUUACCUGGCAGAUAGACAAGGACACCGUUGUUCGAGGCCAGUUUGGCACGCAGGGAAGCCUAGCGAAUACUGUCAGUACUGCGUUCGCCACCAUAUCACCAGUGUUCACCGUGUAUGGCAUCUCAGUGGACCUGGGUCAGAUCCAGACAACGUCGGAGCCAGUGACUUGGGCUGUGGGAUAUGUGCGAAACCCCUCUAUUGCGUACACCAAGCCCGACUCGACCGUGGAGCAGCUGAUGCCCUACUUCACCACGAAGUACGGGAGCAACAUUCCGGCUGCGAUCGACGACUUCACCGCCGGGUACGCCGACGCGCUCGCAAGAGCGACUGCAUUCGACGCGGCGGUCAUUGCAAACGCAUCGGCGGUGUCCUCAGAAUACGUUGAUCUUGUUUCCCUCGCUGCCCGACAGAGCCUGAGCACCCUGGAUAUCACAGUCUCGAAAGACUCGAACGGGAACCCGAACGCCUCAGAUGUGCGGAUCUUCAUGAAAGAUAUCGGAUCCAGCGUAACAACAGCACGUAUCAAUCCUGUGGAGAGGAUAUUUGCUGCACUACCCACCCUGCUUUACGUCAAUGCGUCAUGGGUCGGACCGUUGCUAGCACCCAUCCUGGACGCCCAGGAUGCUAUAACAAGUGCGAUGCAGUAUGCUGCGCAAGAUAUCGGCACUGCGUAUCCCAACGCAACAGGCACGCAUGGGCUCCACAACCAAGGAAUCGAGCAAACUGGCAACAUGCUGAUCAUGUUAUACGCGCAUGCUAGGUUCUCCGGAGACGGUUCGUUGCUACAGAAACACUACAACCUGACGAAGAUUUGGGCCGACUAUCUGGUCGGCACCACGCUUACUCCAUCCAGCCAAUCGGAUGCCGACGGCGAGGCCAGCGCAAAUAUGACCAACCUCGCGAUCAAAGGGAUUAUCGGCGUGAAGGCGAUGGCACAGAUUAGUCAUGCAGUGGGCAACGACGCUGAUGGGCAGCAGUAUGACAGCCACGCCGCCGCUCUCGUUGGGCAAUGGCAGUCGCUCGCGCUUUCAUCCGACCAGAAGCACCUUCUCCGGGUCUACAACGACCAGACGUCGUGGGCGUUGAUGUAUAAUCUAUAUGCCGACCGUCUGUUGGGUACCAACCUCGUCAGCGACACAAUUCUGCAGGGCCAAACCGCGUAUUACGAGACUCAACUGAGUUCCGUACCCGCAUUCGGACUCGCGCUCGAUAACUCGGCCUUGGGGACCAGCGCAGCAUGGUUACUGUUUACCGCGGGGACUGUGACCGACAACAGUGUCAGGAACAGCCUUGUCCAGAAUGCCUGGAUCAGGGCUUCGUCGAACAUCACCGCGAACGCGUUCGCCGACCAGUACAACGUCCAGACCGGCGCUGUUACGGAGGGUGCCGCUGGACCCGCCGUAGGAGGAGCAUUCUCGCUCUUGGCGCUGAACUUGACCCCCCAGAACAUCUCCAUCUCGGGAAGUUCAUCGUCUGCAAACUCGAGCCCCAGCGCAAGCGACGCUGGCCACUCGAGCACUCCUGUGGGGGCCAUCGCGGGCGGGGUUGUGGGCGGAAUCGCCCUCAUCGGACUCAUCGCGGUCGGCCUGUUCUUCUGCCUGCGUCGGCGCCGCCGCGACCAGGCCUCAGCGUCUGAGAAGAUCGACAUCGCGAAUGAGCCCCAUCGGCCGGCACUGUCGCCAUAUACGUACUCGACGGAGGACGCACGCGCGGCGUCAUACAACACCAGCAGGCUCGAGAGCGGGAUGCUAGGCCCGGCGAACGCUUCGGGCCCGCUCGAGCUCAUCGGCUCCAACACCUCGCUAGUCCCGCCGACCACCCCCGACAGCGGACCCUACUCAUCGCAGUCCUCGAAGAUGCGCGAAUUGUCCCUGAACGCACGGCUAGCAUACGCACAGUCGGAGUCCGGGUCGUCGAACGUGGGGUCGCAGGCAGGAUCGCAGGCGGGGUCCGCAUCAAGUCGAGAACCGCUGUCGCCCGGGGGGACGCGAAGUACACACUCGGCCUCGCGGAGCGGGGGCGGGUCGUCGCUUUCGCCGACGGACGUGCUCGGGCUGCGCGCGGAGGUGGAGAACCUGCGGCGGGUGAUGCAGGAGAUCCGGGAAGAGCGGCUCGCGCCGCCGCCAGAGUACACCGGGUAGCCUCGUCGCGCGCGCAUGAUAUGUUGUUCUCGAGCUCCUCUCAUCGUUGUUGUGGUCAUCUUGGACGCUGCUUGUACCCCGCACAUAGAUGCUUUCCCCUAACGCCUUAAUGCAUCUGGGCUCGCCUCAGUCGAGUAAAUACUACCGAUACCAUGCAUAUGUUGUACUAGUAGCCAUCUCGGAUUUCAAUAUUACUAACAUCCUCUAGUUUUAUGUAGGUGUUUGCGUUUCUACCUUUCCUUGCACGUAAUACACACCGUAGCGCUUUGCUACUUGUUGGC